AAGCAUGCCAUAACCACCAUGUGAUUUAUCGUCUUACGUGCCCGGACAAUCUCUCCUCAGUCUACUUCUAUCAUCGUUUCACGUGCUAUCACAGACAAUCCCCCCCAUCUCAGUUCAACCCCCCUCUUGCACUUUUAUCUUGGUGGAAAGUAAAAGAAACAACUGAUUUGAAAAGAUCGUUCUGAGAUUGUACCUUCCAAAAGAAAUAACGAUCAAAAGGGGUUAACACGUUCCUGCUUAUCCGAUACUAGUAAAGGGUGGAAAAGAUGCCUUAAGAGUUCCAUGAAGAAAAACAAAAAUAAAAGAGAAGAGAAGAGAAGGGGUAGAAUAAGAAACAUCAACGUUGGCACAUCAGCAACGAAAAAGAAUAAUAAAAAGAGAGGAAACAUUGUCGCCACAAGAGAGCAAGCAACCAGUUGCCAAUAAGACAAGAAACCACACAACCAAGAAGGGUUGAGUCUGAGAAAGAGAGACAAAAAAUACAAAGUCUGAGGAAGAAAAAGAAAAAGAAGGGUGAGGAGGAGUAAAAAGGAAGAAGAGGAGGAGGAAUAGGAGGAAGAAAAGAAGUCAAGUUUCGUGGGGAGAACUUAGGGGUCUCGGUUAUGCCACUGGCGUCGCUUCAGGUGGACGCCGGCAAAUGCUGUCAUGCUCCUGCCAUGCCAACCGGCGGCCGAAAAAAGGCCGCUGGUCAAGCUGAGUACAAUCGGAGGGACGAAGGACAAUUUUCUUGUCAAUCGAUUAGCACCAAAGUUUCUAUUAUUUCUUUUCUUCAUUUUUAUUUUCUCGGCAAGCAACGUGAGGAAUCGUGCGAACGCUGUCACGCGUUACGCAUCGAGAAUCGUCGAGACCAAAAGUGGACAAAUUCGUGGAAUACUUCAGGAAUUUAACAGCAAACAUUUGGAUCCAGUAGAGGUGUUUCGUGGUAUUCCAUACGCCGCACCACCAAUCGGAGAUCUAAGAUUUCGUGCACCAAUUUCACCAAUACCUUGGAACGGUGUCAAAUUGGCGGAAACUUAUGGUUCCGUUUGUCCCCAAAAUCAUCCAAACAUCAGCAACGAAACUGUCGCUUUAUUGCAAAUGCCUGUCGGCAGAUAUCAACAAUUAAAACGUUUACUCGCAUUUUUGACCAAUCAAAGCGAGGAUUGUCUCUUUUUAAAUUUGUAUAUACCCGGAAGUGGAUCCCUUGGAUUGGAAGCACCCUAUGCAGUUAUGGUGUACGUGCACGGUGAAAGUUUCGAAUGGGGUUCAGGAAAUAUUUAUGAUGGAUCUGUAUUGGCCAGUGCUGGUCAUGUUAUUGUCAUUACGCUUAAUUAUCGUUUAGGAAUAUUAGGAGGUCUAUUUCAUCGUGUUGUAUUGUCAAGUGGCUCGGCUUUGAGCCCAUGGGCUUCUGUACACGAUCCGAACGAUCUUAGGAUCAAAGUUGCUGAACAAAUAGGCUGUCCUACUGAAAACGACGAAGAUAUUGCUGAUUGCCUUCGAGGUGUAUCUUUGCAAGCUUUAAUGUCUGUCGAACUUCCUGAAAUCAGAUUCGUGCCCCGAAUAGGACCGGGCUUACCCGUGGACCAAAACAAUCCUGAUCCUGGUCUUGACAUGGAACGAGCCAGUGAUGCCUUUAUAAAGGUACCCUUGAUCCUCGGAGUUUCCAGUACCGAAUCCAAUCUCGACUUUAACGCGAAUGAUAUUCAGUUUGGCUUCGAAGAGGAUCAUCGAAAUCGGAUCUUACGUACCUUCAUUCGAAACGCUUACGUUUAUCAUCUGAACGAAAUAUUUUCGGCAGUGAGGAACGAAUACACAGAUUGGGACAAGCCUAUUCUACAUCCUAUAAUAAUACGUGAUUCAACAAUGGAAGCACUUAGCGAUGGUCACACAGUGGCACCGUUAAUGAGGAUUGCAUUUUAUCAUGCUAGAAGAGGAGCCAAGACUUAUUUUUAUCACUUCGAUUAUCAGACCAAGGACAGCGGCCAUCUUAAGCGUUUGGGUAGUGUACGAGGAGAGGACAUUCCAUAUAUUUUUGGAUUACCAUUGGUAGUAGGUGGUACUUUCUUCCCUCGUAAUUAUUCUCGACAAGAUCAGGGUGUCGCCGAAGCCGUCCUCACGUUUUUCACAAAUUUCGCUAAAACCGGAAACCCCAACGAGCCGCACAAAAUUGAAUCCGUAGAUUAUGGUACACCGAAAGAGAAAACACGUUUUCGGGGUCUAACGUGGGAACAAUAUGAGACUAAUACUCAAAAAUAUUUAACGAUAGCUUCGAAACCUAAGAUGAAGAGUCAUUAUCGAGGUCACAAAAUGGCUGUCUGGUUAAAUCUGAUACCCCAACUUCAUCGACCAGGUGACGAUGACGUUUCUAUGAGACAUCAUCAUUUUCGUGAACGGGAAGAACACUAUUAUGCGGGUCCAGUUAGAGACGAAUGGUAUACACCACUUCCCUUAACGGGUACAACAAAAACCAGUGGAGCCUCCUCGACAACAGCUUGCAGUACAUCAACAGGUGACGAGACAAUAGCUGAAAAUAUCACUCCAAUUUUAGAAGAAUCCGAAGAGGACAAUGAAUUACUUCAAAGAUUAUCCUCUCGUCAUUACUACAGUACAACAACAGCAUUAGCCAUUACAGUUGGUGUUGGAUUGAUUCUAUUAAUCUUAAACAUGCUGAUAUUCGCUGGCAUUUAUUAUCAACGUGAUCGCGACAAAAAAAGAGCUGCGAUGGAUUGCACACCGAAUGGACAAGAAUCUUUACCGAUGACUACGAGACCUGUCGCAGUUAAGGCUACAGAAAAUACGAAUAGACCUAGCCAAGAACCACCCCCAUCUUACACGACAUUAGCCAGAAGUCCAUCUGUUCAAGAACACCAACAGCAACAGCAGCCUCCUCAAGGCCAACAGCAAACAAUGAACGAAGAUGGACAAAUAAAAGUGGACAAUAGAACAGGACAACAAAAUGUUGCUGCUGGUAAUGCAAUUCACAAAGAUCCAGUACCACCAAAACCACCAGUUAGAACUACAAGUUCUCUGAGUAGCAACACACCUGGCAAUACCAAUACCAUAAAAAAACGAGUACAGAUACAAGAGAUAUCUGUAUAGCAUUAGGGGUUGCCGCCAGAGGGCGGCACCAUCAGACCAAAGAGGGUGACUUUCGUCGACUGUGAGGCCACGAUCCAGUCUAGAUUCUAAAUAAAACUAAAUCAAACUUAUAUGUAUUAAUCGUCAUCGGGAAAGAUAAUCGAUGAUAAAAGACUGGUUUUGCCUUUUCACACAAACACAUGGACAUCUUCUAAUCAAUCGUUAAUGAUUAACUUUAGGAAAAAAGGAUCAUUUAAAGAAAGAUUGUUUUAUCUUUCAGAUAACUGUGUUCUAAGAGUGUUCUUCUUUCGUUAGGGAUAAUAAAGGUGCAAUGAUGAAUAUUUGUGUAUGUAUGUAUGCAUGUAUGCAAGUCUGUACGAAAGAGAGAGAGAGAAAGUGUGAGAAAUAGUUUUUGAAAAUCAGUACCUUCGUCCGCGUACUAUGCCAUAAAAUGUACAUUUUACAUUGAAGUUUACUUCUAAAAAGAAAAAAACAAAAUAAUAAUAUGGAACUCAAGUGAAAGAUUUGAGUGUUCUAACGUAUACACUUGUGUAAGUACUGUCUUACAUGUUGCUAUAUAUUUGAAUAAAAGAAAAAACAAACUCUUUAUAACAGAGUUAAAAAAUAAUGAAGUAUAUGCAACGUGAACACACACACAAACACACACACACAAAUAUACUUAACAUUCGUUAUAAGAAAAACGUAAAUAACUUUCCCUGUAUUAUUUCCUGAAUAUCGAUGCAUAUACGUCAAGAAAAAAAAUACGGUGAAUACGUGUGUACUUCUACAGAAAAAGAAAAGAAGAAAAAAUAAAUAAAAUAAUAAAAACUAAAUUAUAAAAUGAGAGUGCUGUGUGCUCGAAGAAGAAAAAAACGGAAUAAUGAACAGCUAUAAAUUAUUUUCUUCCGUCUAAAUCGUAAAAACUUUAUAUACAUAUAUAUAAUACAAGGUGUCCGAGUUUUUUUCAGCCAAACGGUGUCAACGUAUUCUAUGUGCACGAAAAUAAUGAAAAAUAUAUAUUACAUAAAUGUAGAACUCAUUUAAAGAUACGUCAAAUAAAAAAACUUAGCAACGGGGAUUGUCCUUAAAUUUCCAAUCGAUUAUUUUUACACCUUUUCUUAUAUUUUAUUAUUUCGAAAUGAUUUAGCGAAUCCCACAAUCGAUAACAGUUCUCUUAAGUUUUCUCGCUAAAAACUUUCGAUCGAAAUGCUGAAAACAUAUUCAAAAUCAAAAAUAUGCGAACGUUCGUUGUUAUACUUAUGGUUAUUAUAACUUUGUAAGAAAACUCUAAGUAACUUAUAUUUGUAUCAAAUUUUGUUCUUAUUUUCGUGCAUAGAAUAUGCUAAUACUGUUUACUCAUCAAAACCUCAGAUACCCUGUAUAUGUAUGUAUCUCUCUCUCUCUAUAUAUAUAUAUAUAUAUAUAGAUUUUUUUUCUCCACGACCAACUCAUAAUAACUCGAAUUCUCAAAUGAAAAAAAGAGCCUGUGUAUUUGAUAGGAACCUUGGAGGAUAUUUAAAAGAAAAUAAAAUAAAAUCGACACUGUAUUAUGUAUAUAUAAAUAUAUAUAAUAUAUUUAAAAAGAAAAAAAAAAAAAAGAAACUCUCGAAAAGAAAAUCGUAGUGGCAUUUGCAACUUCGAAAGAAUCCAUAUCUCUUUUGAAAAAACAUAUAAAUAAAUAAAGAAAAAAAAAAUAAAAUAAAAUAAAUAAAGACAAAUACUACGAUUUUAUCGUAAGCAAGAAAAGAGACGUGCUCGAUCGUUUGAAUAAAUAGAUUAAAAGAAAGAAAUAAAAACAUGGUCAACGACGAGUAAAAAUCUAAAAGAUUACGUAAGUUCGAUUUCUUAAAAAAAAAAAAGAAAAAAAAAGGAAAAAAAGUAAUAAAAAAACAAGAGGGGAGGAAAAAGUAAAUACAUAUUCGUUCGUGUACGAUAAUAAAUCUGAAAAAAAACAUUCUCGAUGAUUAAAUCACGUCAAAGUAAAGAGAAAAAAUAUAGAAAAUAACUAAAUCCUUCAUUCUUAAGAGAGGACUAAAUAAAAUACACUUCUUCGCUGAUAAGAAGCUAAUAAUGAUUUAAGGCCGUAAUAAUAUCGUGUAAUUAAAAUUACUCUUGUAAUUAGCGUAAAACUUACACGAAAAAAAAAAAAAAA